AUGCCGUUGAAGGGAAAGAAAAAGAAAGGCAGGAGCAAAAGCAGAUACAAAUUCAGAGACAAAGAAAAAGACUCUAAAAAGGCAGUAAAGCCAGAAGAAUCUGUGGUGGACAGAGCCAAGGCCAAUGCAUCCCUUUGGGAGGCCAGGUUGGAAAUCACAGAACUCUCCAGGAUUGAGUAUCGUGAUGCUUCCCGGAGACUGGCACAAAGCAACGAGGAGUUAAAGCAGCAGCAGCGUAAAAUGGAGAAAGACACAAUGUUAGUAUUAAGCCACUUGAAGAAACAGGAACUUGAGAAAGAUACUAUGAUUGAAAAACUGAAACAACAAUUAACCGAAACACAGGAAAAAGCCCAGGAGGAGAAGGAAAAAUUGGAACAAAAGUACACCAUGCAGAUGAGUGAGCUGAAAGAACACUUCCAACAAAAAGCCAAAGAAAUUAGCAUGAUUCAGACAGAACUGAAAUCAAUAAGACAAUUCCAAAAGAGAAAAAUCCAAGUGGAGAAAGAAUUAGAGGAUCUAAAAGAAAAUUUAAGGAGCACAGAGCGGAAACAUCAGGAGACCCUUAGAAGACUGGAAGGAAGGUUUUUUGAAGAAAAGAAUCGGCUAGAACAAGAAGCUGAAAAGAAGAUAGUCAUGUUGGCAGAGAGAGCCCAUCAUGAAGCUGUUAUGCAACUGAAUAAUGCUGGGAGAAAUGUCUUUAAAGAGAAUAUUUAUCUCCAGAAAGCACUCGCACACCAUAUGAAGGAAGCCAAUGAUCUGCAAAAAAAUUCCCAGAGAUUACAAGAAACUAAAAAUUUCCUUUUAUAUCAAAAGGAAAUCAAUGACCUGUUGGUUAAGGAAAAAAUUAUGCAACUUAAGCAGCAGAAAUCACAAAUACAAACUCUCCAGAAAAAAGUAUUAAGAUUGGAGACUGCCCUGAUUUCUAUGACGAAAGAGUUUGAAGCUGAAGUUUUAAGACAGCAGAAACAAGCAAUAAUAGAGAACCAGUCAGGUAAGGUAGAACUUGACAAACUACAGCAUCUUCUUCAGAUGAAGGACAAGGAAAUGAAUCGCGUGAAGAAGUUGGCCAAGAACAUAUUGGAUGAGAGAACAGAGGUAGAAAAAUUCUUUUUGGAUUCUCUACACCAAGUGAAGCAACAGAUCUUGCUCAGCAGAAAACGUUAUAAGCAGAUAGCACAAACUGCCUUCAAUUUAAAAAUGAGGGAAGCAUGUGCAGGAAGGACAGAAUAUCCCAAAAUCCGAACAUUUGAUGGCAGAGAGCACAGCACCAAUAAUGUGAAUGAAGAUCUUAUAGAGGCUGAGAAAUGGACAAAUAUUGAGGGAAAGGUGGAUAUUGGAGACUUGACCUGGGAGCAAAGGGAGAAAGUCUUGAGAUUGUUGUUUGCAAAAAUGAAUGGUUUUGUUCCUAGGAAGGACAGCCAGCGCCUUAGGCUGCCAGUUACAGACCAGAUUGUUCCUGACAAUACAGAAGCAAAGGAAUUUGGGGAUGAAAGUGAGCUUCAAGAUCAAACCUUCAUCACCCAGCAAGUCCCAAUCUCAGGCUCUGCUGGUAAACAGGCACCACUCAGCAUUCAGCAAGGAUCACAGAGCCCUGGCAUGGUCUUAAUGGUUGAAGCAUUAAUUAAUGAUUGCUGA